AUGGCUCUUCAAACAACCGAGGAACAAAUUAAAUUAUUUGUAGAAAUGGCCCCGGGGUUAUCACGGAACGAGGCAAUACAGAGAAUUAGAGGCAAUAAUAAUAGCGUUGAACAAGCCAUUAAUGAUUAUUAUGAUAACCCUAGUUCCAAUAAGUAUACAUGGGACGAAGAUUCUCUCGACAGCGAACUUGUAAACUCCCCGGAAAAUCAUGGAAUUUCUUUUAAUUUACAAAGACCUAAUAUUUCCGGGACAAAUAGCCGUUUCGGCGGAGCACCAUCGCGUCCACCAUCUCGUGCUAACAAUUUACCACCUCUUGCUAAUAAACUGAGUUUUAAAAUAGAAGACCAAUCAAACAUCAAUGAUCAAGAUACAGACCUAGCAAAGGCACUUUCACUUUCAGCUCAAGAAGCAGGAUUAUCGCCUCAAGUGGUAGAAGCUCCUAAUACAAGCGCCGUCCACUUUGGUCCAGCCACGAGAGAGCUCUAUGACUCUAGCCAAUGGUCAAUGGUGCCCAUAGAAAAUAUUUCAAGCAGAGAUUUCAUUUACGAUACAGAACUUGUGAAUCGAAAGCGAGAGCCUGGUAUUCCUGCUUUUUUAAAACCCGGCAAUGAAAAUCACUAUCUAGGAGCCCUUGUCACAAUAUAUCAUGAAAUACCUCUCAUCAGAAAUAUUCUUCUUAACUCUAAGGAUGUUUUACACUCUUAUGGGAAUGAUAAACAAUGGUGGAUGGGUAAGCCAAUAGAGGUGGCUGAAGCUGGAGUUGAUUUUGAUGAGGUGAUUUGCUCUAAUGUUGGACGAGAAUUACAGAGGUUGAUGGCAUUCCUUGAUAAAACGGAACGUAGUUAUGGUUCUAUUGAAGCACUUGCUAAUCUUCCCAACGUUAGGGCACAUUCUCGAGCCUACGGCGGGAAUGAUAAAGACAACGCGGCUCUCGAGGCUUGGAGACAGAUAUUUCAAGAGAAGGAUCCGGAUAUGGUUAAGCAGAUCUACUGUGUUGGGGUUCCUUCUGAAGAAAUGGAACAAGAUGAAAGGAAAUUUGGUAUCUUAGAGCUUACCGCUCCUUACUAUACUUUCUACGAGAAUUUGUACGAUAUCUGUGAUGAGUAUCUCUGGCCAGAACUAUGUCCUUUGGAUCUUGCCGCAAGCCCUUAUCUUUCUCACGUCGCUGAAGUUGUAACCUUUAAAAUUGAUCUCAUGAAAGAACAAAGUAAGGUUGCGAUUCCAGCUACGUGGUAUCCCGACCGAUAUCUGAAAUCGUCUCGAGAAGCUUCGCUAGAAAUGCGAAAGAAGAAGAAGCGCAUUCAAGAACAGAUAGAACUAAUUAACAAUUUAGAAGAUUGUCUCACCAACAUUACUGUAAGGGAUAGAAAAGCACUCACAGUCAAGAGCAUGUUUGAAACUGCCCUUCGACAUCAAGAUGACGCGCUUGAUGAUAUUGUUCAAGAUCAAGGUGCUAAAUUGCCAAUCAGUACUGAAAGCUUGGCUGCUACAAACCUAGGACCUGAGCUGCAAAAAAUUAUGGAUAGCGUUGAUAGAAAACUUUAUGACUUGAAUAUGAAAAGAAAAAUAUUAUACACUCAGCUUCGUCAACUCUCAUCUUUACAUAAAACUCAAUCUCCAUCUUCUGCAGCGCCUCAACUAAAACCUUACUUCCUCCGCGGUGUUUGCACCCUGAAGAGCAUUUUGUAUAUAUGUCAGCGCACUGAAAAAGCUAACGAGCAACUUGUAUCAGUUUCUAAUUGCUCCCGCUCUGUCGUAGAUCAGUGGUGGCGUAUAGAAUAUUUACAGGAUUUCUCACCUGAAUUCACCAUAGAGCGAACAACCGAAGGCCAUGUUCUUGCUGCUGCUAACCAAAAAAGUAAAAAUAUGCUCCUAGUAUACGCAUCAGAAAAAGCUCUAAGUACACCAAAAGAUCCACUUCCAAAACCCCUAGAAACCUUUGUUAAUUGGGAUAAUGUUCUAUUCAACAACGAAAUAAAUGGAAAUAUACCUCAAUCGAAAACCGAAAAACUUAAAACGGGUGGAUUUCAUGAUCUAGAUCAAACAUCGGGGAUAUCUCCCAAUAGCCCGGGGAAAAGAAAGUUUGGUUAUGGUGAUUAUGACGGGUGUGGAAAGAGUAGUAGUGAUGAGUGUAUGAUGAGCAUUGAAGCAUCACCUCGAAACUUUGAGGACAAAUUCAUGGCGUCUAACAAUAAUUCUGAUAAAGAGGAAGAUAAAGAGAAAAUUAUCUUUGGCGUAGACCCUUCGCGUUUGAUUCAACGUGAUGAUGGCGGGAAUUCAAUACAAGAAAUGAAACAAUAUUCAAAUCGUGCUUGGGACUGUCACCAAGGAGAGACCGUGGACGAAAUGGACUUAGAUUCCGAGAUAUACAGCGGCAAAGCUCCUGGAUGUUAG